UUUUGUUUACUGUGGCUUGAAGCAUAUCAGUUCGUCAAAUAACCCGCCGGAAGCCUAGCAUCUUCCGCAGCGGAAAUGAACUAUUCCUUUGCGACGACCACAUGGAAGUGAUUCGAUGCCGGCGCUUGUACAGUUUGUUGCCUGGAUGUGUGCGCAGUUGAUUUAACCACGUUUACCUCCUGUUCCCGGGUGUCUGCAUUCGGGUACGGCUAGCUGCUGUAGGAGCUACUCCCGGUCCGGAUGGUUUACAAACACUAAAGGAAUCAAAGGCCAAUUACGACUAACGUCAUCUCACUGACCGUGCACGGGCUGCGGCGCUCUGUGUGUGUACUGCCGCGUAAUGCAUUCGAGUGGAUCAAAUUAACGUCAUCUUCAACAACGAGCGGCUUUUCCUGUGUCCGCAUCUCGGCACUUAACGAGAGCUUUCCGUUGGAUUUGUCUGGGAUUUUAACCCGAAUGAAAGAUUAGCAUUUUACCAGAUUACCGCGACAUGCGGGUUUUAUUAAUGCAAAGAAUAUACUGUAGCGUUGGAUGGUUUUGUCAUAAUACUCAAUGACCAUAUUUACCGUGCCGGCUUCGGAUUUCUCUUAAUUAUAUGCUCUUACAUGUAUUAAAGCUUAUUUGAACUGACCUGAUGGAUGAUUGACUAUUGAUUUCCAGUGAAAUAAGUUCCCGGCAUUCAGUGCUGCAUUUGGGCGUUUACUUUUGCGCAGAUUAUUCGUUGAUGUUUUUUCCUGACGCGGUCAAUCAUGGGACAAAAUCAAGGCCGACAGAGACCGGCAGCGGAUAGGCCCAACAGGACCGUGGCUGAGCGCAUGAACCGCAGUAUCAGUGCAUUUUCCAUGAGUUCCAGGACGCGAAAACGUUCGGAGCAAGUGGGAACACAGGUCAACGAAAAUGUCCCGCCAUCCCUAUCGCAACGGCAAAAGGGCAUCAUUAAAGAGACCUUCGCCACUGUUCGCAGUGCCGUUGCAGAAGUCGGUGUCGUGAUGUUUCUACGGCUUUUCGAAACCCAUCCUGAAGUGCAGGAUAUAUUUUUGCCCUUCAAAGGUCUGACAUCCGAGGAAAUGAAACACAGCAAGCAGCUCCGCAAUCAUGGUUUGCGGGUGAUGGGAUUUGUGGAGAAGUGUGUAUCCAGAAUAGAACAACCGGAAAAACUCAUCGCCCUGUGCUUGGAGUUGGGUCUGAAACACGUACAAUAUGGUGCGCCUGUUGACUAUCUUCCGCUUAUCGGACCGCAAUUCAUCUAUGCGAUUAAACCAAUAUUCGAUUCCCGUUGGACAGCCGAAAUCGAAGAGGCCUGGUUGGGAUUCUUUGCCCAAGCCAUUUAUUACAUGCGCCAAACAAUGUCACCGGUUUAUCCCACACCGACAAGGAAAGGCAGCGUGUAGAAAACCGCCACAGACAUUCACAUGCACCAUCACAAGAUCUUAUUCAUCACCAGCAUCUUGGAAAACAGCCCUAACAAUUUAAAUUAGAUAUUCAACAACUACGCCGAAUCAGCAAAACACAACAACGUAACGAUUACCCUAAUCCAAUCAUUCAAAGUGAGCUUUUCCCGUCGCUCCCUCGACAUUCACCGCUUUAUUAUUAACCGCCGCAUGCCGCUUGGCUCUGGUCAUCUUGCGGUAAACCUGCCCGGCGACGAAGACAACGACGGCAAUAAUGUGUCCAGCAAAAUAUAAACUGCUCCAGUACCGCCAUGUUCUGGCUCCCGUUAAGCACAUAAACCCAACGGACAUGUAUUCAAAGGCCCGCAUCCGUAGGAACCAGUUGGCAAAUUUGGCCCCAAAGCUAUCGUAACGUGAUAUCCAGCUUUCAGCCAUGAGCAUCAAGGGAACGGUCAACAGACUGAGAUAGUAGCCUCCGUGUAAACCAUGCCAGUAAGCUGAUACAAACAUGACAACCACAGUGCGGAUGGAUUUCAUCGGGACACGACGGUAUACAUGCCAGGCUAACCAGUACUGGACAGUCAUGUUCCAGGAUUUUAAGGCCUCACGAACAGUGGGAACAAAUUCCACGGCAUACUCAUCGAUAUUGUAUAUCGUUUCGAAGCUAUAUUCGGUUUCUUCAUCAACUUCCACUGGUAUCCUAAAAUCGAAAGAAAAUAUGUCACACAGAGUGUCUAUGCCGUACAGUUAGUUCUAUCCUUUGCUACCACUUGCCGGACUUAUUGUUAAUAAACAAACAGUUACCGAAGAUGUCGCAAGAGAAAUGAGUUCAGAUGCAUAAUACGUUGUACUGCGAUA